AAACACGUAAGAUACGUUUAUUACUUUUCAAUCAGAAAACUCUUAAAAUGAGCGAAAAUCAAACAACCUAUACGUUCGAGGUUGAACCAAUGACUUGUUCAGGAUGUACAAAAGCUGUUGAAAAAGCGUUAAAUAAUCUCGGAGGGAUGGAAUCAAUCGACUUCGAUCUCGAAAAAAAGACUGUAGUGGUUAAAACUGCUAAAUCACCUAACGAGAUAAUUGAAGCCAUCAAAAAAACUGGGAAAACAGCCAAAAUACCCGAAUAGAUUGAAGUUCUAAUUAAUAUUUGUUUAUUUGCUUUUUAUGAACCUAAUAUUCCAUUCUCAUUCUCUUAAAUAAAUGCAAACACAUAUUACUUAUAUUUAAUAUUUAAAUGAUUCUUAAUUAAUAUAAUUCAGAAAUUAUUAAAUGACUGGUAAUAUUUCAUAAAACAAAGCAGUUUCAGUACUUGAUCCUUCCCAACCUCUAUUACCGGAAGUUGUUAUCAUAUAGCGACAAUCGUGAUCAAUUACUUAAAAUAAAAAUGGAA